UUUGAUUGAUUUUCUCAAUUUGGUAUUUCAAAAUGAAAGAUCAUCACCACAUUUAACUAAUGUUGAAGACCACUUCGAUAUUGUUAUCUCAUCGUUUGAGCAGAUAUGUUCCAGUUUGGAAGAGCCUCUCUCAUUGGAAAGCAACUUCGAUAUCAACUUUUAGGAGAAACUUGAGACAAUGUCCCAAUGGCCAGACAGCUAGAACCGAGCUUUUAAUACACAAGGACAACGAUUUUAAACUAUUACAUAGCUUGAAUUUAUCAGAUAAUCAGAUCGCUUUUUAUAAACUAAAAUUGGCAAAUUGUGGUGAUGUGGAUGAAAGAAAUUCCAUAAUAUUGGGCAUUUUAAAUAAAUGCAUGGUUGAUUCCAUCAAAUUUAUCAAAUCCUACAAAAUCUCCGAGAUUGAUGAAGAUAUAAACGACCAGGAAGAUCUCGAAAAUAAAGCAAAAGAAAUAAAGAAGGACGUUGAAACAAUCAAAAAAUAUAAAAACGUUUCAAUUAUUUAUCUUCAUUUUUUCAAGAAUUUGAAUAGAAGGCCAAUACUUCCAAAUUUUGACAUUAAAGAACUACAACAAGCUUCUCAUUUGGCUAAAAUAUUAAAUCCAGCAAAUGAAAAGAAUAGUCUUUUAGAAUAUGUUUAUAAAGCCUAUAUUAAAAUUCCUGGUAUGAUUUUGGACAAUAUUAACUGGUGUAUUUUUAUGGAUACAUUGAUUAAAAAUAAAAAGUAUGAUGAAGCUGAAGCUGAAUGGGUCAAAAGGUUCACUGAUGACUCAGAGGCUAAAACUUUUCGAUGGUAUUUUGAGCUAGCUGUUUCAUUUUUUUUAGAAUCAAAUCAAAUGGUCAAGGCCGAACAACUAUCACAAUUGACUCAGAAGGUUUUCAAAUCAGAAUAUUUAAAUCCUUCUUUAUGUUUAAAAUUUAUUGAAAUUUAUUUGAAUAUGAAUGAUAAUAAAUCUGCGUUUGUUUAUAUCCAAAAAACAAUACAAUUGCUUGAAAAGAAUCCAGUUGAUUGGGAAGAUAAAGAGUUGGUUAGAGCGCAAGAUAGUGAUAAGUAUUUUGAGAGUUUGAAUUCACAAAAAAGAGUUAAUAUGGAACAGUUUGUUCAUUUGUUAAACUUGAUAUUAUCAUCAAAUUUUGAACAAAAAGAAUACCUUGCUUAUAGAUUAGUUGAUCGGUAUCUUAUCAAUGACAAAACCAUUGAUUUUGAACAGGAAAGUUUUACUAAAUUAAAAAUAUUGUUCUUAUCAUUGAAAUACGAUUUACUAGAGAUUUUGAAACCUCUAUUAAAAAAUGCAUUAAAGGAAUACGAUGCCAAUGACCAUUUAAAGAAAAGGGCUGAAAUAAUAUUGGGUAUAUUUGACGAUUAUCGCCUCAAUAAAUCCGAAUUAUUUAAAGAACAAGAACAGUUUUUUGAAAUUUGGCUAAAAAAGCUAGGAAAAGUUGAAGAAUCUCAAGAACAAAUGAAAUUGUUAAUGAACAUGGUUAAAAAAGGGAUCAAACCUUCUUCAAAGCAUUUCCAAGUAGUAUUAAAGACAUUGGGAUCUCUUGGAAGACUAAAAGAACUUGAAAGCUUAAAAUCUGAAAUGGAAAAAUCGUACAUUUUAUCAUUGACUCCAGAAAAAAGAAAAGAGUUAAACAUUCUUAAUCCUAAAUUUUCUGAAAUUUGUAAAGGAGUUUUUAAAAACACAAAUAUUAAAUAUCUUUUUGAAAAAGGAAAUGCAUUAUCAGAAGAAGAUAAAGGAUUUAUUCCUGAAAUUGGCCCUAGUUUAUAUUUAGUCUUUGUUAAAAUGUACGGUCGAAGUAAAAAAUAUGAUAAAAUGGAAGAAAUCUUAACGAGAAUGGAUAUUUUAGGCAUUGAUUAUGAUGUUUAUCUUAUUUCGUCUGUCAUUAGAAUUUACAGAAAAUCCAAAUAUUUUUAUAAAGGUAUUGAUCAUUUGACGUUUAUUAGAGAAAAAUCUUAUUAUUCUUCGAUGGUGAAAACCAAUUAUUUUUUUUCAGAUGUUUGGGGAUGUUUUUUAAAAUAUUACACGCAUAUAAAUCAAAAUGGACUGUUGCCGUUGCCUACUACUUCUACAAAAAGUUUUAUUGACACAUUAUUAGUUGAGUUAGCGUUGGAAAUGACAAUUUUUCCCCAUGGAACAUUAAGUCCAAAAAUAUUUCAUACUGCAUCGUUUGCAUGUUUUGCUGCGAAGGAUUAUGCCUUGGCUAUUGCAGUAUUACAAUAUAUGGGAGAAGUUGUUGGAUAUAAUACUACAGCCGAAGCAGUUAAAAAAUUCAGUGUUAAAUUAAAAUUUCAUUUACAUAAUAAAUAUUAUGGAACAUUUUCAUCAAUUGGAAGAUAUCAAAAGGGAAAAUUAAAAUUUUCGCUAAAUGAAAGUGUUAAGAAUGUGAUAAGUUUUUAUGAUUUAAAGACUAAAGACUUUAAAGAAGCUGCUAAUAAUAGAAAUAAAGCAGUUGUUUAUGCUAAUGCACUUAAUUGUAAAGACAAAGAUAUAGUUGGAGAUUGGAGAGUUUUGGCAUCAUUUAUACUAGACUGGGGAGUUGGGUUAGGAAAUUUAGUGAUUGAAGAAGAUUUAAAAGCAUAUCAAAAAUUAAUGAAAUUGAAAGCAGUAAGUUUACAGAAUAUUUUAACAGGUGGAAAAUUGAAAAAAGAAUUGAAGCCAUCAAUUUUGGAGAAGGAUAUGUUAAAACUACAAAAACUUCGAUCAUUUAGAAGCAUUAGAUUGGAAAAAUAGCGGAAAG